AUGGUGGACACGCGAGCUAAUGGCUAUACUGAAACCAACAAUAAUGCACGGAACCGCCCCAGAAACCAACAUGGACCCGUACCCGCAGGGGCUGAUAUCCCCAAUAACCUAGGUCAUCAAAUUUUGGAAGAAUUAGGGCAAGUAAGGAACAAUUGGCAGAAUGAGAGGACUCGACUCUUUUCUGAGUUUCGAAAACAGAGGCCCCCAAAGUUCACGGGUGUACCGGACCCAAAGGUAGCUGAAAAUUGGCUUUGGCAGAUAGAGAAAAUAGUAGACACCAUGGGCAUAACCGAGGCCGCUGAUAGAAUAGCUUUGGCAGUAUUCGAGCUUAAUGAUGAGGCUGACCACUGGUGGGAGUUAAUCAAGAAUACUCAUGACGUAGCGAGCCUAUCAUGGAACCAGUUCAGGGAACUAUUCCUAAACAAAUAUUUUCCCAGUACGAUUCGCCGAGAGCGAGUCAUGGAAUUCCAAAACCUGGAACAAGGAAAUAUGACCGUGACCCAGUAUGCUACAAAAUUUGAAGAGUUAGCUCAUUAUGUAACUAGAUACGUAGCGAAUGAUGAAGAGAAAGCAAGGAUGUUCAAAUGGGGAUUGGACCUUACAAUCAGGGGAAGAGUUCUUCCACAACGACUCCCCUCAUAUGCCGAGGUGCUGAAAACGGCAUUAGAAUCUGAAAGGGAAGUAACCGACGCUAGAAAGGCUUGGAACAAGAGGAGAGGGAGUCAGACGUCUGUUGGACCUCAGAGGAAUCAGAAAGGAAACAUGACCUCGAAGCCCUACUCCAGACCACAACCACAACAGCAACGACAGCAACCGCAGUAA